CGGAUGAAUUAAACAACAAUAGCUACCGGCAAUCACAGUAAAAUGAUCCACUGAUUGGACUUUGUCGCUCAUUCCGCGCACAGCACUGGCAGCAAGAUGACCUACCAAGGAUACAAGGAACUGCUUGUGGAGCAGCAGGGCAAGCUGCUCGUGGCCAAGUUCAACAAUCCGAAGAAGAAGAACUGCAUCAACAGGGUCGCCUACCAGGAGAUGACCCGUGUGUUGACCGAGGUCAACGACGAUGAGGGCGUAACCAUUGUGGUUUUCACCGGCGUGGGUGACAUCUUUACGUCCGGCAACGACUUGUCCCAAUCCUCCAAUACCGAUGACAUCGACGCCUUCUUCAAGCAGUCCAAUGCGACUUUCAAGGCCAUGGUUCUGAGCUUCGUCAACUGCAGAAAGAUUGUGCUUGCCCUGGUGAACGGACCUGCCAUUGGGAUUGGAGCCACCAUUGUGGGAUUGUGCGAUGUGGCUUGGUGCUCCGAAACGACCUACUUCUACACGCCAUUCACCAAACUGGGAUUGGUGCCAGAGGGCGGUUCCUCCUAUAUGCUGCCCCUCAUCUUGGGGCGCUCAAAGGCGUCGGAAAUCCUGCUGCUAAGCGAACCGCUGAGCGCCCAGGAGGCAUAUCAGUUCAACUUUGUUUCGAGGAUCUUCAAGGCCAGCGAAUUGGAGUCGGUGAUUUGGCCCAAAUUGCGUCAGUAUUCCGAGCUGCCGACGAACUCCCUUCUGCAGGGGAAACGCCUCGUCAAGGAUGGCUUCCUGGAGAAUCUCAUCAAGGCCAACGAGGCGGAGUGCAAGCAGCUGCUCCAACAGUUCCAGCAUCCCGAGUUUGCCCAGGCCAUCAUAGACUUUGCCAGCCGUAAAAACAAGGCGAAAUUAUAAAUACGGCUUAAGUUUAUUACCGUCUCAGUGAUUUUGUCCGCCUAUUUUAAAACCCAAGAGAUAUGAAUGCUAAUUCUUGUGGCACAAACAUCAAAGCAAAUAGACUUCUUAGCGAUUAGAUUAGGGACAUAAUGUGUGCCUUUUGCACCAUAACCAUAGGUUAAUCUCUUGCACUAUCUGUGUAUGUACAUAUGUACCAAUAUAUUGCCAAAGUGCUGAUUAAAAACAAUUGAAGAACGCCACCUACCUGUUUGUGAAUGAAUCGCACAGCUGUGGUCAAGAUAAUAGAAUGUGUAAUAUAUGAAUAAAUAUAUAAAUAUAUUUU